GGAAGCGCGGGUCACGUGGGAGAGCGGGAAGAUGGCGGCGCCCAGAGCGGUGGGGCCGGGCCCGGCGCCGCUGCUGCGGAUAACGGCGGAGUGCGGGCGGAGCCGGGCGCGGGCCGGCGAGCUGCGGCUGCCGCACGGCCCCGUUCCCUGCCCCGUUUUCAUGCCCGUGGGUACCCGCGGCACCGCCAAAGGCGUCACGGCCGCCCAGCUCGCCGCCCUCGGCUGCCGCAUCUGCCUCGGCAACACCUACCACCUGGGCACGCGGCCGGGCCCGGAGCUGGUGCAGCGCGCCGGUGGUCUCCACGGCUUCAUGGACUGGCCCCACAACCUGCUGACGGACAGCGGGGGCUUCCAGAUGGUCUCGCUGGUGGAGCUGUCGGAGGUGACGGAGGAGGGGGUCCGCUUCCGCUCCCCCUACGGCGGGGAGGAGAUCCUGCUCAGCCCCGAGAAGUCCAUCGAGAUCCAGAACGCCCUGGGCGCCGACAUCAUGAUGCAGCUGGACGACGUGGUGAGCAGCACCACGACGGGGCCGCGGGUCGAGGAGGCCAUGCACAGGUCCGUCCGCUGGCUCGACCGCUGCAUCGCCGCCAACCGCCGCCCCGAGCAGCAGAAGCUCUUCGCCAUCAUCCAGGGGGGGCUGGAUCCGGCCCUGCGCACCAAGUGCCUGGAAGAGAUGACCCGUCGCGACGUCCCCGGCUUUGCCAUCGGGGGCCUGAGCGGGGGCGAGGAGAAGGACCGCUUCUGGAGGAUGGUGAAGCUCAGCACCGACCGCCUGCCCCGCGACAAGCCCCGAUACCUGAUGGGCGUGGGCUACGCCACCGACCUGGUGGUCUGCGUCGCUCUGGGCUGCGACAUGUUCGACUGCGUCUUCCCCACCCGGACGGCGCGUUUCGGCUCGGCGCUGGUCCCCUGGGGUUCGCUGCAGCUGAAGAACAAACAAUUCGCCAAAGAUUUCCGUCCCAUCGACGAGAACUGCGACUGCCCCACGUGCCAGCGGCACAACCGCGCGUACCUGCACGCCCUGAUCCGCAGCGAGACGGCCGCCCUGCACCACCUCACCAUCCACAACAUCGCCUACCAGCUGAACCUGAUGGGCUCCAUCCGGGAGAGCAUCCUGGCCCAGCGCUUCCCCGAAUUCGUCCGGGAGUUCAUGAGCACCAUGUACGGGGCGCGGGAGCGGGUCCCCGCCUGGGUGGUCGAGGCUUUGGCCACCGUCGGCAUCAGCCUGGACUGAUGGGGACCCCCCCCGCAACCCACCCCCCCAUCCCCGGGGGGCAACGGAGGAGCCGAGCGCCCUGGCAGCCCCCGUUUCCCCCCCCCCGCAGACGGUUUUAUC